AUGACCGUUCUGCGUCUGGCCUGUAGGCCGCAGCACUACUCCUGGGGAAAACUGGGUCUGAAUAGUGAAGUGGCCCAACUCCUUCAAAACAGUGACCCCAAGUGGACCAUCGACGCCAGUACACCAUAUGCAGAGCUGUGGAUGGGUGCGCACCCCAAAGCUGAUUCAGCAAUCAUCUGGGACCAUGUGGAGAACCAUGUGGAGGAGAAAACCUUAGGAACCUGGAUCCAGAAAAACCCCCAGAGUCUCGGGACCAAAGUCCGAGAGAAAUUCAACGAUAGAUUACCGUUUUUAUUCAAAGUGCUGUCCGUGAGGAACGCUCUUUCCAUCCAGGCCCAUCCAGACAAGGACUUGGCUAUGCAGCUUCAUGCUCGCUCUCCUCAGAAUUAUCCAGAUGAAAACCACAAACCGGAGAUGUGCAUCGCUCUAACCCCCUUCACUGGACUCUGCGGCUUCAGACCUGUGACAGAGGUGCUGGAUUUCCUGUCAGAGCUGCCCGAGCUGGUCGUGCUGCUGGGACCAGACUGUGUGGAGAAGCUGAGGUCCGGACUGUCCGACCUGGACCAGACCCGAGCCGCUCUAAAGUCCUGUUUCAGCCAAAUGAUGAGAAGCGACAAAGACCUGGUGCAGACCCAGCUGAGGACCCUGGUCCAGCGGGCUGAGGCCAGAGGUCCCGUGCCCCUUCAGGACCUGCUGCUCGAGCUGCAUUCUCAGUUUCCUGGAGACAUAGGUUGUUUUUGUCUGUUCUUCUUGAACCUGGUGCAGCUGCAGCCUGGAGACGCCAUGUUCCUUAGAGCCAAUGAGAUCCAUGCCUACCUGAGCGGAGACUGUGUGGAGGUGAUGGCUUGUUCUGAUAACACAGUCAGAGCUGGUCUGACCCCUAAGUUCCUGGACGUUGAGACUCUGUGUGAGAUGUUGGACUACAGCCCGGAUCCGCCCACUUCGAAACGCUUCCCCUGUCGACGUGACGAACAUGACAGUCAUGUGACCCUGUACAACCCGCCCAUCGACGAUUUCAGUGUCAUCCGCACCCAGGUGUCGGGGACGGAGUCUUAUGUGAUCCCGCCUUUGGACAGUGGCUCUAUCCUAUUGGUCAUCUCAGGGUCCGCCAACUGCCCCGCUCAUAGUGACAUCAGAUUGGGGCGGGGCUCUGUCCUCUUCCUCUCGGCCAAUCAGAGCCUUCCCCUGGAGGUGACAUCAUCAAUUGACAUGUACAGGGCCUGCUGCCUCUUGUGA